GGCAAAGGCUAUUUAAACUUUUGUAAAAGUAAAGAAAAAAGUUUUGUAAAGCUAUAUUAAUUUUUUGUAUUAUUAAGGACUAGAAUUAAAAAUGGAAUUUUUAAUAGCAAGUGUAGAUCAUUUAGAGUUCAAAAUUGAAAGAGAUUUGAAUCAACAAUUCGGAGCCUUACCUUUACCUUUUCCCGGCAUGGAUAAAUCUACCGCUGCUGUGUGUCAGUUUUUCAAUGGUGUCGAUGGAUCAGAAUGUGACAAAGGUGCAUCGUGUCCAUUUCGUCAUAUUCGUGGGGGCACUAUUGUAUGUAAACAUUGGUUAAGAGGUUUAUGUAAAAAAGGAGAUCAAUGUGAAUUUUUGCACGAAUAUGAUAUGACAAAAAUGCCUGAAUGCUACUUUUACUCAAGGUUUAAUGCAUGCCACAAUAAAGAAUGUCCAUUUCUGCAUAUAGAUCCAGAAAGCAAAAUUAAAGAUUGCCCGUGGUACGACCGUGGAUUUUGUAGGCAUGGGCCUCAUUGCCGUCACAGGCAUGUACGUCGUGUGUUAUGCAUGAAUUACUUAGCUGGAUUUUGUCCAGAUGGACAUCAAUGUAAAUAUAUGCAUCCCAGAUUUGAAUUACCUCCCCCGCCUGAAAUUCCUAAAGAUCAAAUAGUUAAAAGACCUCCAACAUGUCAUUAUUGUGGUGAGCUCGGUCAUAAAGCUUCUGGUUGCAGUAAAAUGCCUCCAGAACAAAAAGAAGCCACAAUUAGACAAGAAGAAGCUAGAUUUAAAGCCCUUAGUUAUUUUAAACAACAGCAUCAUCGUGAACAACAGCAAAUAUAUCAACAACAACUGCAAGGUGCUAAUGAAAAUGGAAAUAAUGAGAACCACAAUGACCGGUCGCAAAGUGAAUCUAAACCUCCGAAUCCAAAACCUGCUCCAAAACCGUUAGAAGAAAUAACCUGCUUUAAAUGUGGUAAUAAAGGUCAUUAUGCAAAUAAGUGUCCAAAGGGACAUUUAGCUUUUUUGUCAAAUCGAAAUCAACAAAGCUGAUUUCAUAUAGAGAAAAAGUAAAAUUAGGUUUUUUUUAAAGUGUAAUAGUCUGUAAAUUAAUUAUUUUUAAUAUUUUUAAAACCUAUAAUAGAGUUAGCAAA